AUGACAUCAGACAUGUCGUAUGCUGUAGAAAUGGUUACAGCAUCAGAUUAUAAGACAAAAUUGAUACAUGCCUCAGGAACUACCUUCAGGAAUAAAACUUUGUUUACCCGGAUAAUAAAUGAUUUAAACAAGAUUAGCAAGUUUCCGAAGCACCUGAGAAAACUGUUCCGUAUUCUUCUACUUCCGGUUAUUACUUUCAUUAUAUUAUUCAUCUUCUUUACAUAUUCCUCGAAAUAUUCAACAGAUACAGCAUAUUGGAUUGAGGAGCCUAUUGCUUAUCCAUCGUUGCCUCAUAUAAUAGUAUUGGGUGCUGAUACAGCUGAGAUGCGGAAAUCGAUCACUCGAAGUCGCUUUUCUCGAAAAUUUGAGCAGGCUUGUCGCAUUCCGAAGUUAAGUAUCAAUGGUAGUGAAAUUAUUGGGUUUUUCCAUCAUGUUGACGCUCUUGAUUGCGGUAAGAAUAAAGAUAAAGAGUGGGUUUAUGUUGACGAAAAGGGAUUGUUCACUAUAUCAUCUGAUGCUAUCAGACUCCAUGGUGAUAUCAAAUGUACUAUUGCCUAUUUUGAACGCAUUAAUGACAAUAAAUUGAAAAUCGACCAUCGAAUUCCAAUAACAUCUGGUAGUCCUAUGAUCAAAGAUUAUGCUGUUGUGGAAUGCGUUGCAGAUGAUCAAGAAAAGUGGAAACAUUUACUAUGGACGAUUGUUCCGGUUCGGAAAAGAGAGGAAGAUUUGUCUUAUAUCAAAAAACCUGCCGACUGGUCAGGUCUUGAUGUUUAUUUCAUAGGCUUCGAUUCCUUGUCUCAGAUGUCAUUUCGACGUAAACUGCCGAAAACAGUCAAAUAUAUUGAAGAAGAAUUCGAUGCAGUUGUGCUUGACGGAUACAACAUUGUUGGAGAUGGUACUCCGCAAGCAUUCAUACCGAUUCUAACUGGGCAGACCGAAGAGGAAUUGCCUCUCACACGCAAGCGUUUCGUAGAAGCAAGUUAUGUUGAUGAAGUAUAUCCGUUUGUAUGGAAAAAUUUUUCUGAAGCCGGUUAUGUAACGUUGUAUGCGGAGGACUCAGCAAAACUCGGGACGUUUACAUAUCGUCUUAAGGGUUUUAAACAUCAACCAACGGAUCAUUACUUGCGGACGUUUUUUCAAAAAGCGGAAGAUAUGUUUUCCAAUUUGCAGUGUUUAGGUUCGGUGCCAAUGCACAAGGAAUGGUUUCGAUAUACGACUGAGUUCAUGGAGAGAUAUGGAUAUAAUACAUCAAAGUUCCUACUUGCAUUCCACAGUGCAUUAAGCCAUGAUGAUGUUAAUUUGGUGGAAGUUGCUGAUGAGGAUACGAUGUUAAAUCUCAAAAAAUUAAGAGAAAGUGGUGCUCUGGAUAAUGCUUUAGUCAUUGUAAUGGCCGAUCACGGACAUCGUUUUGCGAAAUUUCGUGCCACUCAUCAAGGGCAGCUGGAAGAAAGGCUUCCAUUUUUUUCCCUCUCACUUCCGAAAAAAUUCAGAGAAAGCGAUAGAGGAAGGACAGCAUGGAAGAAUUUGAAAGCUAAUAAAGCGAGACUGGUAACUCCAUUCGACAUACACGCUACAUUGCUUGAUAUACUUCACUGGCCAACAGAACAGGAGUUGAAUACUAUGGGUGAUGUAAAAACCCGUUCCUUAUCACUUUUUAGGCCAAUUCCUCCAUCAAGAACAUGUGAAGAGGCUGGUAUCGAAAUGCACUGGUGUACAUGUAUGAAUUGGGAAUCAGCUAUGGAUAAUAGAGAGCAGACAAAUAUAUCUAUGAUGUUGAGUAAAGCUGUUGUCCAAACCAUCAAUUCACAUACGAAGUCUCAGCGACACUUAUGUGCUCCUCUGAAAUUGGUAAAGCUGGAAAGUGCGUGGAGACUUGUUCCGCAUGAAAAUUUGCUUAAAUAUAAGGAUACAAAAGAUGCAGAUGGUUUUGUACCGAAUUUGGUUGCCAAAACCAAAGCUGCAUUUGCAUAUUACCAGUUGAGAUUUGUUACGAAGCCAGGAAACGCUCUGUAUGAGGCAACCGUACAAUAUGAUAUAUUGAAGAAUACAAUAACAGUGGAUAUGACAUCGAUCAGCCAUAUCAACAGAUAUGGCGAUUUGUCUCACUGUAUCAUAGACAUAAACUACUUUUUAGCAGCGUAUUGUGUUUGUUAUGAUAAGAUCAACACUCAGAAAACAAAGACUGUACCAGGGAUUCAUUGGAGAGUUCCUUUCAUUGAUGAUACAGCACGCUGGCUUGGCAUAGAGUAUCCAGAAAAGACUUUUAGUGCUGGAGCUGUUUUGAUGUAG